AUGGCAGCUUUUUGCUGCCCCUACUGGCCCGCAGGAGGGGAUUUUAGAACUUUUCGUUUAUUGACCAACCAUCCGCAGCUGCGGCAACGCCAGCGCCAGCAGCAGCAAGAGCAGCAGCUGCAGCGGCAGCUGCAGCAGCAGCUGCAGCAGCAGCGGCAGCAGCAACAGGGGCUGCCCCCAUGUGGCCCGGCCGCCCUCUGA